AUGAAGAGGGAUUCAAAAUUUUACACUGACAGAUAUAUGAAUUAUUGCAAAACCUUGUAUCAUUCAAGAUUCAUAGAGUCUAAAGAAAGAGAGUAUAGAAAACAGAAUCCAAUUAUCAGACCAAAGAAAACACCUUAUGAAAUGUUGAGCACUGAUUUUAGUAGAAAACUAGUUGAGGAAUACAAAAAGGGAAGAAAAAACUCAAAAGCCUUCAAACCAAAACCGGAGGAAAUAAGGUUAGAAAGAGAAAGAAAAUUGGAAACAGCAAAGGAAUUAUAUUUAAAUGAACAAUUUGUUGAUGCAGCUGCAUUGUUUAAGGAAUGUAUAAAAGAAGAUAUGAAUGGACCAGAAGUUUAUAAUAUGCUAGGAGAAUCACUUUGGAGAGCUGGGAAUUAUCAAGAAUCAAUUGAAUUCUUGAGUGUUUGUUUGGAAAAAGAUCCUUUUGUUUCAUCUGCAUACUUUGUAAGAGGAGAUUGUUAUGUUCACUUACAAGAUUUUGAUCAGGGAAGAAGAGAAUUUGAGAAAUAUUUGAAAAUUGAACAUCCAACAAAAACUGUCCUGGUCAGUCUUGGAAAAUGUUGUUCCACAUUACAAGAUUUAAAUGGAGCAUUUGACAGUUUCAACAGAAUUAUCAAUGACGUAGAUGAUCAAGAUCCUUACAUUUAUUUUUUAAGAGGUGAUGUCUUGUCGCAAUUAGGUUAUCUUGACGAUGCUAAGAAAGAUUUUAAGAAAAUUAGAGAUUUGGAUCCUCAAUUUUGUGCUGAAUACGAGAAAACAGCUGCAAAUCAUGAAAAAAAUGGAGAAAUUGAGGAUGCCAUUUCUAUCUAUGAGGCUCUUGUAAAAGUUAAUUCUGAUAGCAUUGAAUAUUUGAACCAUUAUGGACAUUUGCUUUUGAUCAUUGGAAGAAUUGAGGAUGCAUUGUUUGCAUUCUCAUCUUGCAUUGACAAAAAGCCGCUAGAUAAUCCACCUCUAUUGGUGGAUUCUUAUGUCUCCAAAGCUACAAUCUUAAUGGACAGAAAUGAAACAGACAAAGCAAUGUUCUGCCUCAAUAUGGCAAUUGGAGAACUUCCUGAUGAACCAGCCCUUUACAAAUCGAGAGGAUCAUGUUUUUUAUUAUCUGGCUCUAUCAAGGAUACAGUGGAAGAUUUUGAAAUGCUGUAUCAAUUGGAUUCUUCCAAGCAAUAUAUCGACGGUUUUGUGUACAAAAUAUUGGGAGAAUACUAUUUCAAUGUGGAAAAUAAUAUUCAAUUAUCACUGGACUACUUUAUUGAGAGCUUCAAGAUGGGUUAUCUUGGUAAAUUAUUUAAGACAAAAGAGGAGGAGCUCAACAGGGCCAAAAUUGGAAGUUAUACAACUUAUCUUAUUGAAGAAACUAAAAUUCAAUACAUUUGUUGUUUGCUCAAUUCCCAAAAUAGUAAAGAUAGAAGUGAGAGCCCGACAGAGACUCCUGAAGAAGAUAAAAAAAAAGCUCCACCUAAGAAAGAGGUAAAGAAACCUGUUCUCGUUUCAUCCCUUUUUGAUCUCUCAUUGAAUACCUUCAUUAAGAAAUAUGAUGGAUAUGUACAACAAGAAAUACCAACAAUCAACACUAAGGAUGUAUCAAGAAUGUUAAAACUUUACAGAGAACGAAAUGGAACAAGUUUAGUUCCUCCAAGAAGCAGUUCAAAGAGUGCAAGAAAGUAA